UUCCCUUGCCUUUUCUUCUUUAUAACCACUCACUUGCUCAUCAUCUUUCUUCCCCCUUUUCCCUCUCUGCAGCCAAAGCUACUUCUAAGCUAAGCAACUGCUGUAAAAAUUAUCAUACAACAAUAGCUAGGCUGAACGGGAUUGAGAAGAAAGCAGGAGUCCCGAAAAACAUUAGGGAAGGUGUAAGAGACAUGAAGAAAAGUCCUUCUGAGCAGGCCCUUGCUGAGCUUUUUGGGGGUAAGAAUGGAGGCGAUAAUAAGGACAUUUCUUCUGGUGAUCAGCAUCCCUCCAUCCUCCUCAUAAAUCAGGAUGUAAUGCAUGGGCUUUCUUCGAGUUUCAAUCCGUUGAGUGAUCAUGUCAAUUUUUGGCCUAAGAAAACAACUCCCAGCCAUGCUUGCAUUGUAGGACCUGGGGAUGCACAGUCUUCAACAUGUGUUGGUUUUCGAAAUUCAACUAUUAAACAACAUAGAAGUGAGAAUCAAAUGACUGGAGCCGUCAGUGGAUCCUCUCACGAACUAUGGGAGGAGGAUGAUGACUUAGAAGUUGAAGAAGGAGGUGCAUGCGAGCAAAGCGUGGUCAAUAAUACUGAUGUGAAACGCAUAAAGAGGAUGGCUUCCAAUAGGGAAUCUGCUAGGCGUUCAAGAAGAAGAAAGCAAGAGCAAUUGGGAGAACUGGAAAACCAGGUUGAUCAACUACGAGGAGAAAAUGCAUCUUUGUUCAAGCAGCUUGCAGAUGCUGCUCAGCAAUAUAAAGACUCUUCAACAAAUAAUCGAGUGCUUAAAUCAGAUGUGGAAGCAUUGCGAGCCAAGGUGAAGCUAGCAGAAGAUAUGGUUGCUCGAGGUUCAGUGAAUUCUAGUUUGACCCAUCUUAUUCAAAACUGUCUCACCGCUCGGGCAACAGUACUAGGCAAUAAUGCAUGCCGCUUGGAUAAUAAUAUGUCUUCUACAAUGAUAAGUGUCCCAGAAGGCCAUGAUUCGUCGUCAGUGCUUCAAAGGGUAGCAAUCCAGGGGCCAACUCCAACUAUGGGACUCCAAAAUAAUGUUGAUUCUUAUACUGAUAGUAACUUGAAAAAUAAUAAUAGUGGAGUUAUAAGUGAAGUUGUGAGCUGCGUAUCAGAUAUGUGGUCCUAGCUAGCUAGCUACGAUCGGAACUUCAAUCUAUCUCAAACUUGAAUGAUUAUGUUUCUCAAUUAUAUUGUACUAUUGGUAUUGGUGUGCUUACAAUAAACAAAGUUUGCUUAAGAUGGUCUGGCCUAGGAGAUAUUACUGUAUUAUUGUAUAUGCAGUUUAAUCU